AUGUCGCGAAUGGUGGGAUUUUGCGUAUCCAACCUACGAAAUACUUGCUCAUCACAUAGACUGCUUAUUCUUUCCCUUUUUUCCAAUUUGAAUAUGCAAGGAAAACGAAGCGUCCUCUUCGUAUGCUUAGGUAACAUAUGUCGGUCUCCAAUCGCGGAAGCAGUUUUCUUGAGCAUAAUCAAAAAACGGGGAAUCAGUGACCAAUGGAUCGUAGAUAGCGCCGCCAUAAUUGACUUUCACAAAGGAAAAUCACCAGAUUCUCGAACUCUGAGUACGUUGAAAAAGUUCGGUAUCACUGACUACGAGCACCGCGCAAGAGUGACGACCACAGCUGAUAUACGAGAAUUUGACUAUAUUUUUGGAAUGGACAACAGCAAUAUUAGUGAUCUUGAAGACUUAGCGAAGCAGACGGAAAGGAAAGCAAAGAUUGGGUUACUUGGUGAGUACGAUCCGGAAGGGCAUAAGAUCGUCCCAGAUCCUUACUAUGAAUCCGGAGAUGCCAUGUUUGAGCAGGUGUAUCACCAGUGUGUUCGCUGUUGUGAAGCAUUUCUGGAUAGUUUAAAAUAA